AUGAGUAGGUCAGGCUCAAAAGAAAAGCCAGAUAUACUUACUCAAGAAAAGGAAUUAAUUAAAUCAAAAUUAUCAGCAACUACCCUCUCAACUACUUCGAGUGUAGAUGAUAUCUUGACUUCAUCUGAUUCAAUUACCAAAUUAUCUUCAAAAUUACAUUCAAGUACUUCAGAUAUUGCUGAAGAAAAAAUUGAAAAACCAUUAGAUUAUGGGAAAAUGGAUAUAUAUCAAUUAUUAGAUCCUGGAAACCAUGGUGGUGAACAUUUUAAGGAAAAAAUGUCACCUUUCAGGUAUGCAUUCAGAGAAUAUUUGACGCGCUAUACAAAUACACAAUCUGAAAUGUUAUAUAGAUGGCAAGUUAAAUAUCGUACUCCAACAAGAGAUAAAUUUUUUGCCUACACUUCAUUAAUGGGUUCUCAUACAUUCUUCGUUGUCUUUUUACCCGUACCAUUAUGGGUUGGCCAUUAUCAUUUAUGUAUGGAUAUGGUAUAUGUCUUGGGAUAUUCAUUGUAUAUCAGCGGUUAUUUAAAAGAUUAUUGGUGUUUGCCAAGACCAAGAGCUCCACCUUUAGAAAGAAUAUCAUUAAGUGAAUAUACUACAAAAGAAUAUGGUGCACCAUCAUCACACACAGCUAAUGCUACUGCAGUAAGUUUAUGGUUAUUUUUAACAUUAUAUUUAACAGACGCAUUUUCGGUUCCAAUGAAACUAUUUUUAGUGUUUCUAAUACUUGCAUAUUAUUUUACUUUAGUCCUUGGAAGAUUAUAUUGUGGUAUGCAUGGUGUUUUAGAUUUGGCUUCAGGUGCAAUAAUUGGGGUUAUUACCUUUUUUGGUAGAUUAAUCAUCAAAUAUGCAGGUCCCAUGUUAAAGAUUGAUUUAACAGAUCAUGUUUGGUAUCCAAUCUUUUCAGUUUCCUUUGGAUUAGUUUUAUUAUUUAAACAUGUAAGGCCAAUCGACUUUUGCCCAUGCUAUGAAGAUAGUGUCGCAUUUAUUGGUGUCGUUUGUGGAUUAGAAUUUUCAAAUUGGUUAAUAAGAUAUAAAGAUUUCCAAACUGUUUUCCAAUUAAAUGACAAUCAUGAAUGGUAUUUCAUUCCUGCUAAGAUUAUCGUUGGUGUCAUCUGUGUUUUGAUUUGGAAGUAUGUAAUUGCUAAGCCUGUGAUCUAUGGUAUUUUAAUCCACAUCUUUAGAUUUGAAGAUUAUCAUGUCGAAACGAUCAAGUCUGAAGGUACUAUUGAUAGUAUCAACAAGACUGAAGAAUUUGAAUGUGAAUUGCAUUAUGAUAUACCAAAAUUAGAUGUUUAUGGUAGAUUCUUCAUCUACGCAGGUGUUCCAUCCACAGUUUUCUUGGUUUGCCCCAUUGUAUAUUAUUAUUUGGAUUUAGUAUAG